AUGACGCUUUUCGAGGAAGCCAGGCAGCAAUUGCGCGAGGAGGUGCAGCGUUUUUUCUCCAUUGCGCCCCCGUUCAAACCCCUACCGGCGCACGCCGAUACGGCCAAAGCGGCGAAUCCCAAUCCUGCACUCCUGACCGGUAGUAAUAGCGCGGGGUUCUGUCGUGCGGGGGCGCUGAUUAGUCAGCGGCUUGCUGCCCUACGCCGGACGGCCGUCGCGGAGUACAGCGCUCCUUCUUCGCCGCCGCCCUGUGAUCCUCCCCUCCCCCUCUUCUUUCGCCCUCGUUUUCCUUCUCUCGUCCCGGUUUGA